CGUGAGAGAAAAUAUUAAGAGCCAGCGGAAAGAGCUCUCCUCGCCCUCUCGUCCCCUUUAUCCUCUCACCCACUCCUCCAAAAGAGGCUUCAGCUCUCCUUUUCUCUCCUUCUAAUCUCAAUUCUAUUCCUAAUCCCUUGUAUCGAGAGUUUUUAUUGUUUGUUUAUUAGAGGUCUUUUGAGCUUUUUUUAUGUUGAGAAUGGAAGGGAAAGCGGGGAUUUUUGCCUGAUUUAGCACUGGAGGCUCUGUUGUUGUGAUUUUUUUUGUUCCCGCAGUUUUUUUGGGGUCGGCAAUGGCGUCGGAGGGGCUAUUUUCGAUAUCGGUGGCUUCUGUGGUGGAGGAUGUUCUCAAGCAGCACGGGACGAGGCUGAGCGACGUGGAUUUGGCUUCGAGGAAGGCGGAGGAAGCUGCGGCAAGAAGGUAUGAAGCAGCUGGGUGGCUGAGAAAGGUGGUUGGUGUAGUCCUUGCAAAGGAUUUGCCAGACCAACCUUCAGAGGAAGAAUUCAGGCUUGGAUUGAGAAAUGGGUUGAUUCUUUGCAAUGCACUCAACAAGGUUCACCCUGGUGCAGUGCCAAAGGUGGUUGUAAAUCCAGGAGACUCAGUUCUUCGCCCAGAUGGUGCAGCCCUAUCGGCUUACCAGUAUUUUGAGAAUGUAAGGAACUUUCUUGUGGCUGUGCAAGAGAUUGGUCUUCCUUUGUUUGAGGCUUCUGACUUGGAGCAGGGAGGGAAAAGUGCCAGGAUUGUGGACUGCGUUCUGGCUCUCAAAUCCUAUGGUGAAUGGAAACAAAUGGGCGGCCAUGGUUCUUGGAAAUAUGGUGGGAAUUCUAAACCUUCCAACUUAGGGAAAAAUUUCUUGAGGAAAAAUCCGGAAUCUUUCAAGAAUUCCUUGUUAAGGAGUCAGUCAAUGAAUGAGAAUGAUGUUUUAUGUGUGGAGCAUAAUUUAAGUGGCGACAUUUCAAUUGAAUCCAGUGAAAUGACUUCUUCGCGUCCACUGAGUAUGCUUGUACAUGCGGUCCUAUCCGGCAAGAGGCCUGAAGAAGUUCCACAGCUUUUAGAGUCUAUGUUAGGUAAAGUAAUGGAAGAAUUUGAGCACCGCAUAGCAAGCCAAAACGAGCUGGUGAAAACAGCUCUGAAGGGUCUUGCUGACAACAGUAAAUCUUUUUGCAAACAAAAGGUUUCAAUAGAUCCCCCCUCUGCUUCUUGUGAGAUGAAGAUGGAGAAGGAGGAAAUUACUUUCAUGAGGUCAAAGAAAGAGGGCUAUGUUCGUAAGAAUGUGAAAGAAGAAGAGGCAUCAAAAGAGAAGAUUUUGAAGCAACAUAAGAUAUUUGAGCAACAACAAAGAGAUAUUCAGGAAUUGAAACGUACUCUUCAAAUUACAAGAGCUGGUAUGGAGUUCGUGCAAAUGAAGUACUCUGAGGAAUUCAGUAAGCUUGGAAAGCAUCUUCUCAGCGUUGCUCAUGCAGCUUCAGGUUAUCACAAAGUACUUGAAGAAAACAGAAAGCUAUACAAUCAAGUGCAAGAUCUGAAGGGAAGUAUCAGGGUCUAUUGCCGAGUUAGACCCUUCCUACCUGGACAACUAAGUAGUAGCACUAUUGGUUGUAUCGAUGAUGGAACUAUCACAAUCCUCACCCCUUCAAAGAAUGGAAAAGAAGGACGUAGAUCUUUCAAUUUCAACAAAAUUUUCAGUCCAUCAGCAACCCAAGAGGAGGUAUUCUCAGAUACACAGCCUCUGAUUCGAUCUGUUCUUGAUGGUUAUAAUGUUUGUAUAUUUGCAUAUGGCCAAACUGGAUCAGGGAAAACAUAUACUAUGAGUGGGCCUAGGAAUCUGAAUGAGCAAACACAGGGAGUGAAUUAUAAGGCACUGAGUGACCUAUUUAAACUCUCAGAACAAAGAAGGGGCGCAUUUUAUUAUGAAAUCUCUGUUCAAAUGAUUGAAAUUUACAAUGAGCAAGUGAGAGACCUUCUUGUCAGUGAUGGUCUUAACAAAAGAUUAGAAAUUCGUAAUAGUUCCCAGAAAGGACUUAAUGUGCCUGAUGCAAACUUAGUCCCUGUUAUGUCAACAUCUGAUGUCAUUGAACUAAUGAACAUUGGGCAGAAGAACCGUGCUGUGGGUGCUACAGCAUUGAAUGACCGUAGCAGCCGUUCUCAUAGUUGCUUGACUGUUCAUGUUCAAGGAAGAGAUAUGACAUCUGGAACGAUCCUUCGGGGAUGCAUGCAUUUAGUUGAUCUUGCAGGCAGUGAAAGAGUUGAUAAAUCUGAGGCCACGGGAGAAAGGCUAAAAGAGGCGCAACAUAUAAACAAAUCGCUCUCAGCUCUAGGGGAUGUAAUAUCUGCUCUUGCCCAGAAGAACUCGCAUGUUCCUUACAGAAAUAGUAAACUCACGCAAUUGCUUCAAGACUCUCUUGGUGGGCAAGCAAAAACAUUGAUGUUUGUCCAUAUAAGUCCUGAAAUGGAUGCUGUUGGAGAAACGAUUAGCACGCUCAAAUUUGCUGAGCGGGUUUCUACUGUUGAACUUGGUGCUGCUCGAAUAAAUAAAGAAAAUGGAGAAGUUAAAGAGCUCAGGGAGCAGAUAGCCUGUCUUAAAGCAGCAUUAGCAAGGAAAGAAGGAGGAUCAGAGCAUCUUCAGAAUAUAAUACCAAAUCCUGACAUGCUCAACAUGAAGGCACCAUCACCUGUAAACUCAAAUCGGCGGCAUGGUGAAGAGUAUUUAAAUAAUCAAACUAACCGCAGACAGCCUAUGGAGGAUGUUGGAAACAUAGAGAUGUGGAGUAAACCUUCAUUGAAACAAAAGAAACCAAGCUUUGAUCUCCAAGAGUUGUUAAUGGCAAAUGAUUCCCCUUGGCCAGACAGCAAUCCCAGAACAAUUUUUCAGAUGGGAGAAGAUAAAGAAAGUGUUCCUGGAGACUGGGUUGACAAGGUCAUGGUGAACAAGCAUGAGGCUGUGAUCAGAGAUGAUGAUUCCUUAAGGGAUUGGGAAGGAGAUAGGGCACCCCUGCCUGACUUUUUUUACCAAAGGUAUAUUUCCGAUGUGGGAGCUUAUCCAGAACAAUACCUCAGGAAUGCCACUAGGAGAAAAGAUAGUCAUGAUUUUGAUAUGCAAAGAAGCCGGUUUUAUUCUGUGGGCACUGAUGAUUCAGAUGAUUUAGACAUUGCAACAAGUGAUUCUUCAGAAGCGGACACUUUAUGGCAAUUCAAUCUCCAAAAUGUUAAUACUGCAGUUAAUGAAGGUGGGUCAAGGAUCAAAAAACCUCAACAAAAGCCAACAAAUAGCCCAGAUAUAAGAACUCCAAACCAUGCACACCUCCCUUCGCCAUCCAGGAAAGUGUCGAACGGGUCUAAUCGGACAGGGAGGCAGCCUAAUUCUAUCAGCAGCGAUGGGAAACGGACUUCAUCUGGUGGGAAAAUGAACAAUGCGAAGUAAGGACGGUUCUUGAAAGGAUGCUGCGUGUUUCCUGGCUUUCUUUUUAGAUUUUCAUGAUAGAUCGAGGGCCUUGUCCUCGAGUAUGGUAAUGAGUGCCAAUAACCCCAGUUGCUUGGAUUGGUUUGGUGGUUGUAGUGAAGGGUGGUGGGAGUCCUACCACACCCUCUUUGCUUUUGCUUCAAGUGGUCGACAUGUAUCAUUUUCAGAUGACCAUUCUUUAUCUGCCAUGUUCAUAAUUCAUAAAGGAAAGGAAAAGAAAAAGUUGGAAGAAGAAGAAAUGCAAAAGAAGAGAUGGUUCUGCACA